AUGGUUGAAUAUCACCUCGCCCCACUUCAAACGCUUAACACUGGCGCCAAGAUCAGUAUGGUCGGUCUUGGCUGCUACAGCCCUGAUGAUCCCAAGGCGAUCAUCGAUGGUAUUACCGCUGCCACUAAGGACGGCUACACCCACUUCGACACUGCGUCUUUUUACGAGAACGAAGAAGUCGUGGGUGAGGGUUUGCGCGCCUCUGGUGUUCCUCGUGAAAACCUUUUUGUUACCACGAAGCUCUGGAACUUUGAUCACCACAAUGUUGAGGAGGCCUUUGACAAGUCUCUGGCUAAGCUCAACGUUGACUACAUCGAUCUCUACUUGAUGCACUGGCCGCAGGCCACGAAGUCCGGUCACAUGUUCGUGGCUGACGACACGAUCAAUUUCAUUGACACGUGGAAGGCUAUGGAAAAGCUCUUUGAGACCCGUCCAGGUAAGAUCAAGGCUAUCGGAGUGAGCAACUUUAGCAUCAAGACACUCACGGAGCUCCUUAAGCAUGCAAAGAUCGUCCCAGCUCUUAACGAGAUCGAGACUCAUCCAUACAACCAGGAAAACGAGCUGAUUCAGUUCUGCCGCGAGAAGGGCAUUGUAGUAUCUGCAUACACGCCACUCGGUCAGGCGAACUCGCCAAUCCUUAAGGACGCUGACAUCGUUAAGAUUGCCGAGGAAAUUGGCGGUGACGUGACGCCAGCUAAAGUUGUUCUGAGCUGGAAUGUUCAGCGCGGUGUGGUCAUUUUGCCUAAGAGCUCUAACCCUGUCCGUGUGAAGCAGAACAUCGAACUGAUUACACUCAGCGAUGACCACAUGCAGCGUAUCUACAACAUUUCGAAGGAUCCUAGUCGCCACCAGCGCUUCGCUUUGGUCUAUGACAAGACGACUGAAACUGUGUUCGGCUGGACUUGGGAGCAGCUUGGCUGGGAGAAGCCUACCCAUGUGUCUUGCCUUGAGAGUGGUGCAUAA